AUGGCGAUUUACCUGGUGAAGCCAAAGGUGUCGGUGUCGAGGAAGAACCACCUCAAGAGCGCGAUGCUGACGUUCGCGCGGGAGCUCCUGGAGAAGGAGAAGAUUGAGCGAGCCCAGGAGAAGGUCAACUACCUGCAGGAACGUGUGGCUCCCCUGCAGCUGUCCGGCUUGUCCAGCCAGGACCUCAUGGACCUGUGCAAGAAGCUCCACCAGCAAGUGGAUGUGACGGAUGAGGAGAGGUACGACUGCGAGAUGAAGGUCGGCAAACACAACCUGGAGAUCGAGAAUCUGAACAUGAAGAUCGGAGACCUGAGGGGCAAGUUCAAGCGCCCUCCCCUGCGCCGCGUGCGCAUGUCCGCCGACGCCAUGCUGCGGGCCCUGCUGGGCUCCAAGCACAAAGUGUCCAUGGACCUCCGGGCCAACCUCAAGUCCGUCAAGAAGGAGGAGAAGGAAAAAGAAGUGGACAAGGAGGUGGGCGAUUGGCGCAAGAACAUCGAGGCCAUGUCCGGCAUGGAGGGCAGGAAAAAGAUGUUCGACGCCGGCACUCAGUAAGGCGACGCAACUGCGGCCCCUGCAACGAUGGAAGCUGCAGCCCUCCCAGCCCCCGACUGCCCCCCCUGGUGCCCCCCCCCCCCCUGGUGCCCCCCCCCCUCUACUCGACCCGGCUGCGCGUGUGCGUCUGUAGCUGUUCGCACCUCGCCUCUGUCCUGGAAGAACCUGCCCUAGACACCCGUGCCACCUGCGGGCACACCCGUGCCACCUGCUCCACAAACGUGUCACGUGCCCCACAACCGUGCCAUCUACCCCACACGCGUGUCACAUGCCCCACUCCCGUGUCACGUGCUCCACAACCGUGCCACCUGUCCCACAGCCGUGUCACGUGCCCCACACCCGUGCCACCUGCCCGCACCUGUACGCGCCCUACCUUCCGCUGGCUCCCGUACUAACCUUCCCGUGCCCUGUGUGACACGUGCCCUGUGUAGCACGUGCCCUGUGUAACACGUGGCCUGUGUGACACGUGGCCUGUGUAACACGUGCCCUCGCCUGUUAGCGGAAGGCCAAAAGCGUCCCGGGAGUUGAAUGAAUACGCGCGCGAGCUCCAGCCUGCAGCUUGUACCCCCCCGAAUUGAAAUAAAGACACCGCACGCUGCUGUGUGCUGCUGGUUUAUCAUGGCCGGAGAA